AGAGCAGGAAGUUGCUAAGCAGAGUUAUAUUAGUUUAGAUAUCUUUGGAGUGGAGGAACUAGCGUAACUAACAGCUUUAAGGUGAAAAAGACUGGAUUACCUGCUCCAGGUUUAUUUAGAGAGGGAAACUGAGCUGUCUUGCUGAUGCUGUUAAACUCAGGAGGGCUGUGGAGCUCGGAGAGAAAGUGAAAUUGAAAGAGGAAGGCUGGCUGAGGGAGGUAAAGUUAGAUAGUUAGCGUUAGCUUAGCUGGGCUGAGAGCUCCUCUGAAGAUAAACACUAUGGACCCGUUUAAAGCCAUGCUGCUAAAGUUGUCUGACAGCCUGAAUCGCGAUAACGUGUUGAAGCUGAUUUUCCUCUGUGAGCACAAAAUCGGGAAGAAGAAAUGCGAGGAGGUCGAGAGCGGGAUCCAGCUGUUCGAGCUGCUGAUCCAGAGGACGGAGAUCGGGCCCGACAGCACCGAGUAUCUGAGGAAACUGCUGAAUGAUAUCGGGCGGCAGGAUCUGCUGAAGAUCAUCGAUGACUACGAGCAGGGAUCCACUCCCGACGAUGUUCCCGACAGAGAGGAGCUGGCAAAAAUCAAUAUCGCAACAGAUGUCCUAGCUGAGCAUCUGGGAAAGAAGUGGCGUCAGUAUGGACGCAAACUGGAUAUCGGUGAUGGUAAACUUGAAGGCAUAGAGGAGAAACACCCACGCAGCCUGGAGGAGAAGGUGCGAGAGGUCAUCAAGGAGUGGAAGAAGCUGCGCAAAGAGCAGGCCAAGGUGGAAGAACUGAUCAAGGCUCUCCGGACCUGUAAACUAAAUUUAACCGCUGAUCUGGUGGUAAAAGCACUGCAGAAUGCCGACACAUCUUAAAAUAUGGGAGAUCUGUUCUCAUCUUUCUGUCCUGGCAUUCCUCAGACUGGUUAUGGGUUUGCCACCAGUGUUAAGCAUCUCCAGUUGAUGUAUUGAGUUUCUUUACCCAACUGUUCUGCUGAAAUCAAUGCACUUUGAGAUCCAGAUUAUUCUGGAACAUGGAGAUUUGUCUUUAGAGACUUGCUGUGGGACUCAUUGAGACACUAAAGAAAGCUUUACUCAGGUACGCAAAUAAAUGUGUGUGCUGUGCUCCGUUGCUCUGUACGCAAGCUGUGAAUCAGUAGUACUUACCACAAUGUCUCUUUUAUUUUUUUAUUG